AGUCAGACUGUACAGCGUUCGUAAAUAUCUCGCGGAUAAAUAAGUGUUUACGUUUUAUAAUGCGAUUAGUUCUGAUUUAUUUAAGGUAAUACAGUGAUUGUGAAAGAAAGACGGAGUACUGCGCUACUACCCAUAAAUCGGUAGAUGUGGUUACUUACGCAGGUUGACGAAAAGCGAACAUGUCGACGGAGGAGGAGUCGAACGCCUUGAAAAUUUAUUGGGAACGAUUCUUCAAAGCGGAGACUGGAACUUAUGAGAAAUCGACAUGGCUGGAGUUGUUUCUGGCGGAGUUCAUAAUACGUCUCAACGAAGGACAAAAUGUGAAAAAAUUAAUAAAUUUUUGUCCGGUAAGCGGCGUGGUGUCACUAGUCGGCUGCGAGUUGCUGUGUGGUGUCCAUCGCGUUACCUCCUCUAUCAACACCCACUACUCGCUGCCUUACCUCGAGUCCGCUGCUCUACCACCAGUCGCCACUGAUGUCGCAAAUUCUAUAGAAUCCGUAGAUACAAAAAACGAGGAAGUUAGUGCGAAAUUAGUAAGCGCCUUUUCUCGCAUGAACACACAAUCCUCGACGGAGAUACUGCGCAACUACCUGCUGGGCGGAGUCGCCUGGCGGUGCCUGGUGCUGCUCCGAGCUCUGGGGGUUGAGGGUCUGUCGUGCUGCCGCCAGCUGAGCUCGGUGCUCAUCUGGCUGUUCGGCGAGACGAGCGCGAGCGCGGCGCGCGGCCGCCCGCCCGCGCCCCGCGCGCCGCGCCCCCCGCACGCGCACGCCGCCAUACACCACCUCUUCUCCGACAGAAUAUGGUCCAAGCAGAAACCAAGUAGUGUCGUAAGUUCAAAUAUUUCUGCUGCUUCAUCUGAAAAAAGUACAAUUUCAGCAAGACCGAGGAUCAAUGGACAAUCCAAAUCUGUUGGAGAAUACAAAGUUAAAAAAAGACUACCGAAAAAAUCCGAUCAGACGUCUGACUCAGGCGACUCUAAUGACGACCUGCAGAUUUUAAAUAAAUCUAUGACUAUCAAAGUCUGUUCGCCUAGCGAUGAUUUCGAGUAUUUCAGCUCUAAGCUACUGCGGUCCUCAAACGAAUAUCCCAAUCAGAGCCUGUAUUCAGAUCCAUUUUUCUCACCGCGCAAAGCUAAACCUAAAGCAGAAGAUUACAUGACCGAUAAACACCGAGAAAUUAUAAAUUCCGAAAUAAGUACAUUCGAAUUCACUAUUAUAAUAACGGAUCUUUUGCAAGAAUUGUGUAAAGCAGAAAGCAGCCUGUCUGGUUCAGAAGGAUCCCAAAUAUCAAUGCAGUGUAUUAAUUUUUCCCUAAAAAACUUAUGUUCGCUACAGUUCGGGUCGUUGCCCGCGAACGCGGCGGCAUACGAACCUUUAGAAAUGUCUAGGGUAAAAGUUGCGUUAACCGAACUACUCAUAGUGUCACUGGACCAGGUGCUCAUUCAUUCCGAUCUGUGUGCCAAAUUGAUCAAUAACGGUAUCCUGCCGAUGCUCCUUCGCAUCCUCGAGGAUGUCAUUUGUAAAUCAAGUGCCAAAUAUAAUACCAAAGUUGAACGCGAAAACCACGCCAAUGUUUCGGAGAAAGCGAACGAGACUGAAUCUGAAAAUUUGCUCAAAUUCAUAUUCGGAGUCGCGUACUCCAUCAUGGCCUUUUUUCAUUGUUUACUAAUGCAAUGUAGGACUGUAGAGAAACUCAGAGAGUUCACCGAACAAUUUAAGCUAUACAGCGAGUGCCUCAAGGGCGGCCUUCUCAAGGAGUGCAUCGAGCUCAUGAUUCGGAUACCGGACGUCGACAAGGGGGAGGCCGUGACGCUGAUCAAGAAGCUCAUAGAGUCGAUAGGCAAGUCGAUAAGCGCCAUGAAGAGAGUCAGGAGCGAGGUGAUCCAUUCGGCGGCCUGCCCGCGCGGCCGACACAAGGCGUGCCGCGCGCGAGUGGCGGCCGGCAUGCACCACCACCACGACAUCCUCGGCGAGGCAGGUGCUGGCUUGCCGCUGCCGGCCGCCUGCUGCGUGUCCGUGCUGUACGGCACGCUGGCCUCGCUGGUGCCCGACCGCGAGGUAGCCGCGCACAAGCCGCUGCGCAACAAGAUACUACGUGUCAUGCUCGCCUGCGGCGUGUGCUGCUGCUUCUCGCCCAGCUUCCUCAUGGAGAGCAUCGUGCGCCUGAUGCUCACCCACGACAGCGUCGCCACGCUCUGUCUGCAGCUGCUGGAGCACACCGUGUACGGGGACCUCGGCGCUAGCAUCCUCGUCCCGAGAGUGACCGAUCAGCUGCCCUGUUCCAUUUGCGAGCAGAGCGACGACAACAGAGACCUCGGAAGGAAGUACUGUCCUCACGGCGUGAGCCCCAUCGAGAGAAGGAGCGUGUGGUCGUUCCUGAUACAUUACAACUCGUUGUUGCAGUUGGAUAAUCAUAAUAACGUCCUACACGCGACCGUCGCUCACCUUCUAAAAGUGACGCCGAAGUGUCGGACGGAAAUGAAAUACGAGCUACUCUUCAGCGUCGUCUAUCCGACGUUCAUAGUCGCUAAGCACAGGUACACGAUGAGACUCGAGGAUUCGGCUUACUUUCUGACCGUAUCUUGUCUCAAUAUAUUCACGAGCCUCCUGAACACGGUACCGUUUGCCGAGCAGUUCAUACAGAAGGGCGGGCUCAGCUACGUCCUGGAACUGGUGGCGCUCCCGGAAUUCUCGAACCAGUGCUGCGCGAUCCUCGAAAUAGCGAUCAUUGUCGAGAUAUUCAAGCUGAUAAAGGAGAACGCCGAGCUCACGUACUUCCGGGAGAUGAGCUCGUUGGCCUCGGUGCAGAUGCUGUUCAAAUCGCUCACCGAGAUGACGGACAGGUGCUACAUGAUAUAUGAACAGAAUCCCUCCGGCGCCGAGGAGGGCGCGGGGCGCGCGGAGGCGCUGCGCGGCGCGAGCACGUUCUGGCGCGCGUGCGCGCGGCUGUGCGCGGCCAGCGCGUCGUUCCGCGCGUACGCGGCCACGCAGGCCGCCGUGUCGGGCGGCGGCGCGCUGCUGCGCCUGCUGCUGCGCGCGCUGUGCGCGGGGCGCGCGGACGCCGCGGAAUCCAAGCUGCUCAUCAAGAUCAUGGAGGCUCUGCUCACCGUCCAAUUCGCUGUUUCCGAGGCGACUGGAGGUCGAUCGAAGGAGGAGAGUUGCGCGGUAGUGCGUGAGGCGCUGAGCGCGCGCGCCGACGCGGGCGUCAGCGGGAUGCGCGCGCUCUGCGACGCGCUCGUCGGCGUCGCGCUCGCCGCGCCCGCCGCGCGCCGCGCGCAGUCCACCGCAAGUUUUAGGGUCCCUCCACUCUUCUGCGCGUCUGGCAGCAGCUCGCCGGAUUGCUCGUCGAGCGAGGAGAGCGCGGGCGCGCCCUACGCCAGCGAGCACAGCGAGCCACGCGCCUGCGCAGACGAUGGUUACGAGGCAGACGUGGAGGUCAGUAAGCUCGAAGUUUCAAUCAACAUGAAGACACAGAAAUUAUCGGAAUCGCUGUCUUUACUCAGUAAUGUUUCAAAUAUUCAAACACAAGAUAUAAUAACGGUGGAUUGUCCGGAGAACAACAGGGGCGGCGAAAUGGUUCAUCCAGAACUAUGUGUCAUUGUCAUCGACAUUCUAUCGCAGCUCAUCGACAAACUAAUGCAGUCGGGCUCGAGCACGCGCGCGCAGUGCGAGGAGGUGUCGCGCGUGUGCAGCGGCCUCGCGCGCGCCUGGCGCCUCGCCCCCCCGCGCGCGCCGCGCCCCCUGCGCCGCCUGCUCGCCCCGCACGCGCCGCCCGCGCGGCUGCUGUCGCGAGCCGACCCCGCCUACACGGAUUUGCAGCGCAGCGUACUGGAGCUCGUGCAGGCGGUCGCGUCGCACAGCAUCGAGGCGGGCGAGCUUGCGGCCCUCCUGAGGCUGCUGGCGGCGGAGCGGCCGCCGCUGUCGCUGCUGCUGUCCACGCUGCGCUCUUUGCUGUCGCGCGCACGCAUACACACGCCCGACCACAUACUGUCCUUUCCCAUCGACCUGGAGCCGGAAGAUCGUAUGCCAGAAGAACCACUGAGUUCGUCGUUUGGCCAUCAAGCAGAACUCGCUGCGCGUCGUUUGCGACAGGCUCAUCUUCGCGCCGGCGUGUGGUCGCCGUGGUCGGCGGGCGCGGCGCGCUGCGCGCUGGGCGCCACGGGCUGGGCGCCGUGGCUGCAGGGCUUCGCGCUGGCGCUGUGGCUGCGCCUGCACGCGCGCCGCGACGACGAGCCGCCCGACCCCGACGACGCGCUCGGCGACCCGAGGAAGGAGCCCCAGAAGCCGACGGAAUUCAUCCACGCGUUCUCCAUCGGACACGAUUCGCUCAUGUUCGAGUUGUGGAUCAACACCGCUAGCGGCGAGCUGUCGGUGCGACUGACCCGACCCGACUCGCUCGGCAACAAGCUGGUGAGUGCGGCGCGAGCGCGCACGUCGCUGGCCGCCGGCUCGCGCUGGCACUGUCUCGCGCUCAACGUGGCCGAGCGAGUACACAAGCGACGAAUUCAAAUUCAGGUGACAAUCUACGUGGAUGGACGAGAGUGUGAAACGCUGUCGCUGCCGCUACAAGGUAUCCUGGUGCGCAAGGCGACGCCGAGCUCGGCCGUGCUGGGGCAGGCGGGCGGGCGCGCGGGCGCGCUGCACGUGGGCGGCGCGCGCGUGUUCCGCACGCCCGCGCUGUCGGCCGCCGGCGCGCUGCACCUGGCCGCGCACGGGCCCGACCUGCCCUGCCAGAUUCCCUGUGAAUCCGCACACUUCCCGUCGAUUAUUACGCCUGAUCUCUUGGAGUUAAAUAUCGACUGGGAUUCGGUGUAUGAAAUUUCGAGUCAAACCCUACGCGAGCUGCACGAGAACCUGCUCCUGACGUUUUAUCCUCACGCACCGGACACUAUGAAUCUUUACCAUCAAGCUCCAUCGGUGCCGACAGUGUUCGGCGGGCGCGUGUCGGGCGGCGGCGGCGGCGGCGAGGCGCCCGAGGCGCUGCGCGUGCGCUGGGCCGGCGCCCCGCGCGUCAGCGCGCACCGCGGCGUGGCGCCCGCCCUGCUGGCGCUCGGCGGACCCGACCUCCUGCUCUACCUCUUCGCAAGGGCGGUGGAGCUGGACGGCAGCGCGGAGGAGCAGGCCGGCGCGCUGGCGGUGCUGCUGCGCGCGUGCGGGGCGGACGCGCGGCUGUGCGCGCAGCUGCACGCGGGCGGCGCGCUGGACCUGCUGCUGCCCGUGCUGGCGGCGCCCGCCUGCCGCGUCACGCACCACAUGCUCAAGGUUAUUCUAGACGAAGCGUGCAGCAUUCCUAUCCUCUUGCCGAGCGGGAGUGCGGGCAGCGCGGUGACUCUUCUCGUACGCAAUGACAGUAUACUUGUGGAGCCGCGUUUGAUUCUGCUGCUCAUGCGGGCUUGGAGACAUUUCGACUCCGAUGAGGAAGUGGUGUGGGAGGAGAGCCCGGGCGCGGGCGCGGACGCGGCGGGCGGGCGCCAGCGCGGCUCGGCGUGGCUGCUGGCGCUGGCGGCGCUGGGCGCGCUGCUGCGCCCGGCGCACCCGCACGCCUCCUUCAACCACUACCAGGCCUGUAGGGUCGACCUGCUGCGCCACCUGCUGCACGCCUGCAAGGAGCGGUUCCUGAACUCGUCGCGCGCGGCGCUGGGCGGCGCGGCGAGCGCGCGACUGGUGUCGCUGCUGCGCGCGCUGCUGGGCAGUCCGCCGCCGCUGCCGCACCUGGCGCUGCUUGCGGACUUCCUGCUGCUCAUGCACCAGGCCAGCGACACAUUCGUUACUCAUUCCCGGGCCAACUUCUACUUCCUACUGACGGCCGAUACGCCGGAGACGAGCGACUUCAACUUCCUGAACUUUAUUAACAAGCGCAGAAGAUCAACGAGGUCCACCGACAAUCGAGGACUCUACGACACCAUGGAGCGAUCGAGUUCGUCCAGUGUGUCAAACGAGGACGUAGGGAAUGAAAACCAUCUCAACGACUUGAGGGAGAUCGCUCAGAAUAGAGACACAGAGAGCGACAAGACCGAUCCCGAGAGCACUACGAGCGCCGAUUCCACAAAGCAAAUGAAGGGAUUAAUAAAUACGCAGAUCAAAGAGAGCAGACAAAAACAAUCGUCGACUUUAGAAAACUCCGAAGCAGUUUCCGAGAUGAGCUCGGAACAAAUAGACGACAAUACGGCAAAGGAAAAAAUUAAUAACGUACCGUCACCCACGGAAUCCGGCGCCGCCGAUCAGCUGUACGCCAGUGGCAUAUACCAACAGCGUCGCGUGCGCACGGGCGCCGAGCCGGGCUGGCGCGCGUGCGAGGGGCUGCUGCUGCUGCUGCGGGACGCGCUGCGCUCGCUGCCGGCGGGCGCGGCGGGGCUGGCGCCCGACACGCUGGUGGUGCUCGCCAACCACGGCGACGCGGGCGUGCGCGCCGCCCUCGUGCGCGCCGCCGCCGCCGCCGCGCUGCCGCCGCGCUGCCUGCCGCUGCUCGCCAACCAGAUUUCUCUGUACCCCUGUUCCUGGGAGCUGGCGACUGCCUGUGCAGUUCUCCUCACCGGCUGUGACGUUCCCCUGGAAGAUCAACUAGACGAGCAAACGUGGGCGACGCUGGACGAGGAGGCGACGGCGCGCGCCGCGCCGCUACUGGCGCUGCUGCCGCGCUGCGCACGCGCAGACGCGCCGCUCGCGCACAACAUCGCCGCGCUGCUGCGCCGCCUCGUGGAUAAGUCGACUCUGAAAGCACUGACCGAGGUGGCGGUGGUGGAAGUGGUAGUGCGGUCCAUCCGUGCCGUCGGCCAGGAGGAGGGCGACUUCGAGGGCCGAGACCUGCUUCUGGAGGACCUGUACGACCUCCUCUGCAGGAUCGCCGUUAAAAUUCUAACCGGAAGUCGAGGCACGCAGGCGAUCGCAGACAUGCACCACAUGCUGCGCUUCGUGGAGUGCGAGGGCGAGGCGCGCGCGGGCGUGCAGCGCGCGGCGCGCGACGCGCAGGUGGCGCUGUUCUGUGCGCAGCUCGACUACCUGGAGCGCCGCCUGCAGGAGCUCCUGCAGCGCCAGCAGCCCCGCUACACCGGCUACUUCAGUACAGUGCUCUCUUCGGUGGAGGGCGGGCUGGGCGCUCGCGCGGGCCGCUCGGAGGCCGCGGAGACGGCGGCGCGGCUGGCGACCGUUCUGACGCGAGCCGCCACCUUCUUCACCACUCGACCGCCGAACGCUCCCCUGCAGCCGGAUGCGGACUUUUUUGAUAGACUGCUGUCUACGUUGCUCAAUGCUGUAACCGGUACCGGUAGCGGUGCGAGCGGCGCUGAGAGUGGCGCUACGCUGAGUACGCUGUUCUGGUGGGCGGCCAGCCCGGCGCCCGCGGCGCGCCCUCUGCAGCCGCGCCUGCUGCGAGCGCUAUACGCCGCGCCCGCACACGCGCUGCAUCUGUUGGCCGGCAAUUAUCGGGAUCCGCCUACGUUACGGAAGCUAUCGGUAUACUUGCUCACGUUGAUACAACACGUGCACCUCGAGGCCGAAGCGGGCGGACCGAGCGUCGAGCUCGCCAUAACGGAUUGGGCUCGCGACUGGGCGGUCGGGUCGCAGGCGGAGCUCGCCGAGCGCGUGAGAGGUGAAGCUCUGCCCGCCGAGGCCGAACGUCUGCUGCUCGACGACCAGCUGCGCUGGGCCAGGCACGCGGGCGCCCCGAGAUUGCGAGCCGCCAUCGGCAAGUCCGUGUUCGGCAAGGAGGCGCUGGCGCGGACGGUGACGGAGGCCGCCAUGAGCGCCACGCGGCGCGUAGUGGAGGCGCAGAACGCGGAGCGCAAGGCCUUCCUCGAGCAGCUGCGCCGCGCGCACGCGCUGGCCGCCGCCGCCGCCGCGCGCUGGCAGACCAUCAUCGACGCUCACACGCACGAGAGAGGCGUAUGGCACGAUCCUCGUGGGUACCCGGCCGCGUGGCAACUCGACAGCACGGAGGGGCCCGGCCGAGUGCGCGUGCGAUUGCGACGUGCGCAUCUAAGGAUACCGUCCCGUUGUUUCCAGCCACCUCACAAAUAUAAAUCCGAGAGCGCGAGCUACCCGAGCCCGCUGCACAGCGUGCUGGCGGGCGGCGCGGACGCCCGCGGUGCGCUGGCGGCGCAGCUGGCGCUCAGCGAAACCGUGGCCUACAUGGCGCGCGUAGUACGGGUCAGCGUUGAUAGCGAAAUCUGCGGCGAGCUACUGCUCACUGACCGCUGCAUCCACUUCGUGCCGGAAGAGGAGUGCGGCGGCGCGGCCAGCUGGUCGCUGGGCGGCGUGCUGCGCGUGGCCACGCGGCGCUGGUGCCUGCAGGAGCGCGCGCUGGAGCUGUUCCUGUGCUGCGGCCGCGCGCUGCUGCUGGCCUUCGCCGACACCAGCGAGCGCGCCGCCUUCCUGCAGCACCUGCAGCGCGCGCACCUGCCCAACAGAACGGAACAGGAGAGUUUGACGGAUGCUAUGAAUCAGUGGCGCAUCGGUGCUAUCACUAACUGGGAGUACCUGAUGAUUCUCAACGGUUUGGCGGGACGCUCCUACAACGACCUGAUGCAGUACCCGGUCUUACCUUUUAUCAUUGCUGACUAUACGUCCAAGAUCCUCGACCUUACGGAUCCGACCUCCUUUCGUGAUCUCAGCAAGCCCAUGGCCGUACAGAAUAAGAAUAGAGAGCAGCAUUAUAUUAAUACUUACAACGAUCUAAAAGCGGCUAGGAGAGAAGGCUGCAGUCCGCUACUGUCUCGUCAGCCGCAUCACUACGCAUCGCUGUACUCCAACUCGGGCGGCGUCCUCCACUACCUCGUUCGACUGCCACCUUUUACAGAACUUUUCCUUAACUACCAGGAUAAUAACUUCGAUAUGCCCGACCGCACAUUCCACUCGCUGGCGACCACGUGGCGACUCAUCACCAACGACUCGCCGACGGACGUCAAAGAACUCAUUCCGGAACUCUUCUAUUUGCCCGAACUGUUCUACAAUAACGAAGGGCUGGAGCUGGGCGUGCGGCAGUGCGGCGCGCGCGUGGACGACGUGGAGCUGCCGCAGUGGGCGGCCGACGCGCGCCUCUUCACGCUCGUGCACCGCCAGGCGCUCGAGGCGCCCUACGUGUCCGAGCGCCUGCCGCUGUGGAUCGACCUCGUGUUCGGAUACAAGCAGACCGGCCAGGCCGCCGUCGACGCGAUCAACGUUUUUCCAGCCUGCACUUACUACGGCUUCGACCCGUCGUCGCUGGAGGACGAGGUGGACCGCACGGCGGCAGCGGCCAUGGUGCGCACGUACGGACAGGCGCCGCGACAGCUGCUGCGCGCGCCGCACCCGCAUCGCGCCACCGACCUGGCGCCGCGACCCACCGACCGGCCGACGGUGUGGGCGGGCGCGGCGGGCGCGCGCUGGGGGCGCUACUGCGGCUCGCCGGAGCGCGCGCUGCCGACGCCGGCGGCGCGCCGCGUGUGCGCGGGCGGCGCGCGCCUGCAGGUGCUGCCCGCGCCGCGCGCCGUGGCCGUGUGCGCGCGCGCCACUGCGCUGCUCGUGCUGCGAGACGAGUGGUCGUGUUCGGGCAACGAAGGCAAUGGCAGCGGGGGCGGUGGCGGUACCGAGUCACUGUGCGUCGUUACCUGGGGGCACUCGGACGGUGUGGUGCGUCUGCGACGCCGGAGAGACUCGCCUCCUGUGCCUCUGCUGCAUCUGCCUGCGCUCGACCAGGUGACGGCAGCCUGUGGGUGGAGCGGGGGUGGCGGAUGGGGCGCGUCGGGAGCGCUGGGCCUGUCGUCGGGCCGAGUGCUGGCUCUGCGCGCCGGUGCCCGCGUCACCGCGCACGCACUGCAUGCGCAUAGUGCGCCCAUAGUCGACGUCGUGCUGUGCCCGCGUGCCAGCCUGCUCGUAACUGCUAGCGUCGACGGCCUCAUCGUUCUUUGGGAUCUUAACGAGUUAACAUACAUCCGCACGCUGCCAAACCGCGACAUGUUACCCGUGCGGUGCGUCGCAGUCAGUGAAACCCUGAGCGACGUGGCCACCGUGCACGACCCUGCGAUUUCCAGUACCGGCGCAACGGAGGCGGGCUCGCCCGGCGACGCGGACGAGUACGAGCGCGACGCGUCCGUCAAGUACAAGUCUCUGCUGCGCGUGCACACGGUCAACGCCAAGUUCGUGGGCAGCGCUCGCGUGUCAGAGGCCGUGACGUGCGUGUGCUACUCCAACGCGCCCGAGGGCGUCAGUGUCAACUGCGUGGUGGCGGGACUGGCCAGUGGCGGCCUGCGCCUCUACUCCUCCUGGGACCUUCGCCCCGUCGCCUACGUGCCGCCGCCCGGGAAACCCCAACCAGUGCUCAGUGUGACGUACAGCUCCGACUCCCAGCUGCUGUUCGCGUGCUACGCGGAGGGCGCGGUGGUGUCGUGGGAGAGCUCGGAGGGCGGCUCGCGCGCCGCUCCCGUGCGCAUCGUGCCGGCGCUGGCGCUGCUGUGAGACGAAGCGAAACGUUUCCUGGCAGUUAGGAACGCGUGUAAAUAACUCAUUUAAUUAAUGUUACAAUGAAAAUUAUAGUCCCCAAAUGAUUAUGAACUUCAUCCAAAUUUCAGAUUUAAGUAUUUUAAUUCAAUAGCUGUAACUUGUUAGCUAACCGUAGCUUUAAAUUUAUGAUUUAUGAGUAUUUAAAUGAUGAAUUCUUAAUUAUUCCUUUAAAGCCAAAUAAUUGUGAUUUAAUAUUACAUAUAAGAGUGUACGUGGUGCCGAUCUGCUUGCCUUAAUAUUAAUAAAUGGUGUAUAAAGAAUAAAUAUAUUGAUAACAUUACGAAAUAAUUAUUUCAAUGAAGUUAAUUGGCCCUACUGUUCGUUAGUGUUCGUGUCUGUGUUUUAUUCCAUAUGUUAAUUAAUAUUAAUAUAGUAAGUGUUUUGAAUAUACCAAAUUGCUGAAAUUUAGUAACUUAGAAAACUGCUAGCAAUAUAAACGUGUCUUCCGAAAUAUUUGUAAGAAAAAAGCUUUAUAUCAUUAUUUUGUAGUAUUUUUAAUAUUGAUGGACUUUUACAGAUUUAAAUUAUAUAAGUAAAAAAUAUAUACAAAUAUAUUUCGUGUAAAUAGAUAGGAUAUAAGAACAUUGUAUUGUCCAUUAUAUUGUUAUCAUCUUUAUGAGGCGUUGUUUUAGUAUCUUUAAGAAUAUAUUUUUUUAUACAAAUCAUUCCCUUAAUUAUAUAAAUACUCAAUUAUAUGAUUCCUAUCAGAUCAGUUACUACUUAAGAAUUAUUAUUAAAGUCUUACAUGAUACUAAAAAUUGCAUUAUGUAGUUGUCUCAAAUAUGUUGCAUAUACUUUAUCGAAGGAUCAAAUACAUCUGAGCUACUAAACUGCGAUGUCACCAAAACAUGACGUUUCUGUAGAUGUAGGGUCAAAGUUAAAUGUUUUUGUUUAUGGACACUGACAUGGAGGAAUAAAUCACAAUCGCUGGAACCUUUAGUACCUCAGAUGUGUUCGAUUCUAUUUCACGCCGAAAUUUAGAUCCAGAAUAAUGACGAUCUGUUGAAGUAUUGAUUGUUAAAGUUUAAAAUAAAUAUUGAAAUAUAAUAAAA